AUGUGUCCUCCGUCCGUAACCAAGCCCGUGUCGUCUUUCUGCGAAUCGGCGGUAGUGGCUUCUGGCGAAGUCGCGAUGCUGUCGUCGGCGUCUGAAGUCCCUCUCGCCGGCAAAAGCCUCGCGGUGAGUUCACCGUCCGCUCUGCCGAGGAUAGCUGUGCAGAACGGCUCCUUCGGUCAGCACGACGAGUUGGAUGCGGAGGCCAGGCCGCUGCCGCCGUCUCCGCCCCCGAGUCUGAUGUCUUCUUUGUCGCCAGAGAUGGCGUCUUCGCUGCGCACGUCGCGCGCGUCGCCAGGCAGCGCGCAAGACUCAGAAAUGCGUGUGGAGUUAGAGGACAAUAGCAAGAGUGGCGGGAGCUGUGCAGGGCCGACACCCGAGGCCGAGUUUCAUGGUGCGAUCUCGUGUGAGUCGCACUCGCCGUCCACGCCGGUGCCAACUACGGGAGGAGAGGAAGAAGGAGAGAGCGAAGGAACAUGCUCGGAUUUGGAUGACGCGGAGGGCGACAGCUUUAGCACAUGCUGUGUGCCUGCAGACCGAGACAUGGCUCUGCACCACGCGAUGCGCCUGGCGGCUGUCCAAGGCGCGGAAGGCCUCGUCGCGGCGAAGGGGCAUCGCCAGUGGGCUUUUUACGAGGCGGACGCACAGUGGGUAGUGCGCGCGUCAGGCGGCGCCAGUCACCCCCAGAGUGUGUCUGGCGACAGGGACUCGUGUGGGGAGGAGGACGCCGAGAGCAUGGACAGCAGCAGCGGCCGGUGUUUCGCCUCGAGUUUGAGGAUGAACGAUGCUGCAGAGGCGCCGCGCCACCAGCUUAGGGCAAAGGCGACCAGACGCGCGAGUCACGCAUCUCAUCAGGGUCUGUUGAUUCUUGAGCGUGAAGAGCAUGAGCCCUACUGCUGCCAGGACCCCACAGACGACGCCGAAGACAGUCCGCAGGGCUGCGCGCUGUGCAGAGGCGAGUCGGACUGCAUCGGCGAGAGCUGCUGCGGCUUCGUGCGGCCGCGCCCCGAAGGCGAUGACGCGGCGGAGAGGGAGAGCUCUCUUGACGAGUCUGCCACGCGCCCGGUCUGUCUUCAGUCCGAGGAGGACGAGGACGAAGGAGAAAUCCCGCCCUCUGAACCGGGCACGCCGCGCGGCUGCCCCCUGUGUCGCGCAGACGUUGACUUUGGCGGCGGUCUAGGGGACAACUGCUGCGGUUGGCGAGCCAAAGGUCUCUCGAUGGAGCUGCAUGCAGAGGAGGACACGACGAUGAACAAGCUGUGGACUUCGCUGGAGCACCUGCGCAGUCAGGAGAGCUGCAUGUCGCGCCAGUCUGACGCGUAUCAAGACGAAGAAGAGGGCACCGCGCUGGCGUCCACGACGUCGUACGAAUCACCGCGGUGCUUCCCCAGCAUGCCGUCUGAAGAGUUCUUUUCGCAUCAAGAAACCGUGUUUAUCUUUGACUGGGAUGACACGCUCUUGCCCAGCUCGUGGAUCAGCCAGAGGGGGCUCACACUCGAGAGCCCCGAGUCGGAAGUCAGCCUCUGGCGCAUGAAGCUCGCGCAAACCGCCAUGUGGGCUGAGCAGACGCUCUUCACCGCGCGAACGCUGGGACAAGUCAUCAUCGUCACCAACGCAGAAAGCGGAUGGAUUGACCUCUCAUGCAGCAAAUUCCUGCCUGGCCUUCGAGAAAUGCUCAGUUGCUUCCCCAUCGUCUCCGCCAGGAGCAUGUACGAAAGCGCCUGGUGCAACACGCCCUUCAUGUGGAAGGAAGCCGCCUUCAUGCACGAGUUGCAGCGUCAUUUCCGCAUGGAGAGCAAACGCUGGAACGUCAUCUCGGUGGGAGACAGCACUCAUGAGCGCGAAGCGCUUCUCGCCGUCUGCGGGCGUCUCCGCAAGAUGUACCACGUUACGACAAAGUCGUUGAAGCUCCUCGAGGCUCCAGCGGUGGAGGAACUGCACAGCCAACAUGAGUUGAUGUCCAAAUGUCUCGCUGCCGUCGCGCGCCACAAGGGGAACUUAGAUUUGUGCGUCACGAACGCCGCCGAACCUGAGAUUGAUCCUGCAGCAAUCAAGCUUCCGCCGGCACUUCAGGGACGCGCUGUUGGCGUUCAUCGCAUUCGCCAUCAUCCAUUGUCGCAGGAGCUCCUGGGGCGUGCCUGA